UUUCAAGUAAGUUAACAGUGUACAGUAAGUUUCGAUUCUUUAGCAUUGCUACCAAUGGUGCUUUCGCCUUGGCUUGGGUCUUUGUCGGGAAAGAUCGAGCUGCAGCUCGCCAAAUUGAAACUGCGAUUAUAUCUACUCCUUACACAUGGCCAUUUUAAGGGAUGGGAGAGACGCGUGUUAUUCUUUCGUUUUGGCAUUCCACUUGUUCUCAAAAGGACAGAUCAAGUGUUCUGCACUGAAGCCGAUGCGCUUCGUUUUCUGAAUCGUGCUGUGCCACACCUCCCUAUUCCCAAACUGAUUGAUUCCUUCGAGCUUGAUGGUGCCACGUAUACCCUCAUGACCAAACUGCCUGGUCGUCCUCUACUCGAGAUUCCAACGUUGGAAUCAGAUCAACUGGCUCCCAUCAUAAACGACGUGCUUUACAUUCUCGAGGAAUUAUGGCGCAUCCCUCAACCAGCUUCAUUUAAUGGACGAGUGAUGGCUAGUGCAAGUGGUGAUGGUCUUCUUCAUCCUGUAGGCGGGUACGAAGAUUUCGGUGGCCCAUACGCAUCGACGUUGGACCUUUACAAAGGCAUGAUCAUGAAUCCUGCCGGCGUAUCUUCUGAAAUCAUGCAUACAUUGGCAGAAGACCCCAUUGUUUGGGUCCAUACAGAUCUCCGUAUGCAGAACAUGCUGAUAGAGAAGGGAAGGGUGACAGGCAUCGUGGACUGGGAGUGGACGGGCUGGUUGCCUCGUCACUGGCAGCUCCACAUCUUACGACGCCCUGGUCCUUUCUGCGUUGGCGCAUGGGUUCGAUACUGGUUGUUCGAGCAUCAUUUCGAUGAUACGAUUGAGGCCGCCUAUACGGCUUCGACGACAGAGGGCGUUCUCACUUGGCCGAUCUAGAGUACGGUCGGCAAGGUUGCAGAAACCCGUAGCGUUGGGUGCCUUCGAUGAGCUUCAAAUAACAGUUCAGGCGUGCCAUAUAGGCAGAUUUCAUUCUGUUCCUUUGUAAGUGAUUGUAUCUCGGGGUUCUUAUAAUGACGAGGUGAGGUAUAAAGCAACCUAGACGACCAAGUUAGAUGAUCAGUGUCGACAAAGACAUCCGAGUUCGCGACAUAUAUCAGUGAUAUCUUGCACUUUUGACGAUGCGGCGAGCCUUCGACUUACAAUUCUGUAAGUUUGUGACUUAAGAUGCCACCUCGAGAUAAUAAUCAUAGCAAUGCUCGC